GUGACAGUCACAUUGUGUAUCUCUUCUCUUUCUUUUUCUAGCCAGUAUUCGUCCAUUACGAUCAAAUGUCCGUUGAGCAAGUCUCCAUGCGCAGACGCCUCGUCACGGAAAACUAGAACAACAUGAUCACCUGCAAGCCCAAUGUGUUUUUCAAUUUAACGAUCAGCUCGCCUCCUCAAAGCUUGUUCAAUCCGUUAUCAGAACGCUCAAAAACAGCUAUCAUCUCGAAUAACAAGGAGUGGAAGCUGGAAGGCACAGAGAUACAGGGCACACAAAAGAUAACUGGUAAAAGGAGGAGGAAAGACAACGUGCCAGUAAAUACGACGACAAAGUCAAAGAGGAAGAAAGAUGUUUUCCACUUCUUCGAGGACCUCGCGAAAGAUAUCAAAAUAGACGUGGUCCAACUCGUAGUGGAAAUAGAGAAUGCACAGUUGACACUUCGGAACUAUCGGCUCUGGGGAGUUCAAGCUACUGGAUUCAGUUCUAGAACCCCUCUCAAUCACAAAAAGUCUUGCCCUGGUCUUGCCCAGGAAUACGGUAUGCUAGAGCAUGCUCCAAUGAGAGCCGUCGAUGCGUUGCCUCCUGCAGAAGAUAGUACUGUCAUAGGUAUCACUGUUGCAAGUUCGGACAGUGUCGAUCCUGAUGUUGUCGUUUUCUGUACGCAGAAGACGAUCACACCAAUAAUAGCCGAUGAAGAUUACGUCCACUCUGAUAUUGCUGGUCUCUCAAAGCGGGCAAAGAGGAAUCGAGAGAUACACGAGGAUCCUGCCAUUUGUCGUUUGAAGAAGGGAAAGAGUUAUACAAUGGGGACCACGCUCGAGUCACCCCAAAACAAAGGAGUUCGAUUAUGUUGA